AACAAAAUCAGUGUUAUUGAAAUUAUAUAAACUAUCAAGUCAUGCUUUGUAAUUGAUAGCCUAAAAAUACAUAGAGCUAAAAUGCAUGGCUUCAAAUGGGUUUUAAGUUUUUGAAGCCUAACAUGUCCACAGGGUGUGUUCCCUUACUGCAAACAUUUGAUAAUUACAUAUAGGUACAGAACAACAGGUGUGAAUUGUGUUUGUCACUGACAAUAUAUUUUUUUCCUAAUGCGUUUUAAAUAUUCGGAUCAAUGAAUUCGAAAUAAAUCCCACGAUGAUCGAAAGCAUUCUUUUAAAUGACAAACCAGGAAGACCAGGAAUAUACGGAAAUCCCCCAAACUAUUGCAACAGCGUAUAUAAAUCUAAUAUAAAUGCAGUAUCCCAGUUGCAAUCGUUAUUCUUGAUGGAACAUUAACUAAACAGGGAUUAAAAGUUUUAAAAAGACAUGGGUAUCAUUCUCGCGACCUUCAUUUCUCUUCUGCUGAAGAUGGCUGCGUUUGUUCAAGCGGAUGUGACAUGUACCGAUGAUGCCAACUGUUUGUAUUCCUACGCCACAACACUGUCCGCGGAUUGUUCAUCACGUGAUCUUGCAAUUCCUCCUUGCUUCCACGAAACUUCCGGCUUAGCGGCCAUUAACCUGCGGAACAACAAAUUAGAUCGUGCUCCAGACAAUAUGCCAAUGAAUAUAGAGUUUCUUGACUUAUCCUAUAAUGUAAUAUCAGAUAAGUUGAUUUUCUUGCAGAAAUACAAGCAAUUGCAACAUCUAAAUCUGGACAAUAAUUUCAUUAAAAAUGAUUCUAUUCAAAGAGUGACCAAAAUGCCAAACUUAAAAUUUUUAUCCCUCAAAAAUAAUUUUAGAACGCUGAAUGCAUAUCCAGACAACUUACUUGCCGGGUUUGGUUUAUUACAUCAUCUGCGUAUUGAUGGACUCCCAGAAGGAAAUUUUGCCGACAUGUUUCCAAACAACAUCCAUAGCUUGAAAAUCCUUGAUGUCUCCGGGAAGGAUGGAUUUUGCAAAAUCUCUCGACUGAAAACGUCCCAGUUUGAUAAAUUUAAUCUUACACACUUAUAUUUGUCUCAGUGCGAUUUACCGUUCAUAGAAAUGGGGUCUUUGGCGUCUCAGACACAUUUACAAUAUUUAGACGUUUCGUAUAACGAUCAACUUGGGUUCAAAGGUUUACAGAACAUCGCACAUGACCUUCAAGACAGUUCAAUCAAAGUACUGAAACUUAACAAGGUCCACUGUACUUUCGGACUAGGCACGAUCUUACUUCUAAACCAUACGGCUUACUUGAACAAAACCUCACUUGAAGAGUUGUAUUUAGACAGUAACAGACUAGAGAUUAUAGAGACGGGAGUUAUUACAUAUCACCUGCCCAAGUCCUUAAAAUUCUUAUCUUUGGGAGACAAUAAACUAAAUAACGGCAUUUAUGACUUAGAGAUUUCUGUUUUACAUAAUCUACAGACUAUCAAUACGAGUUUUCAAUAUUUUUCACACGCCAACUACUUUGAAAAUUGCUAUGAUUACCGCAUUACAUGUCAUAUCUCACCAGAAGCGAGAGUUGCCGGAGAAUUCGUUCACAAUGUAAAAGACACUUACCCUUCUUUUAUGCGAAACAAUUCACAAAGUUUCUUGCCGAAGACUAUGGGCACCACACCGGAAUUUUAUUUGCCUAGAAAUUUAACAACAGUAUUUGCUAACGAUAUGAAAUUGCAAUACCACUUUGGAAAACUGAACAUUGGGCAAUGUAAUGUGACACAUCUUCAUUUUCAGAACAAUUUUUUUAACAAAAUGGACGGCCCACUGCACGGAUGUAACAAAAUCAUAUAUCUUGAUUUUUCCAACAACUAUUGCCAUUACAUUUCUCCACAGGCCUUCCAAAUUCAAACACAACUAGAAGUGCUAAACUUUUCUCGAAAUUACUUAGGUCAGAGUUUUCAAGACGACAACAGCGGUGAAAUUUUGGGACGCAACAUUAAGCUGGCUGUCUUGAAUUUACAUGAUAAUAAGAUAACUACAUUGCCACGGCAUGUUUUUAUUCACAACCCAAUGAUAAAAAUUCUUAAUGUUUCACACAACAGACUGGACACAUGGAGUGUUGAUCUUCGUCACAUGUCUCAACUUCAACAUCUGGAUCUGUCGUACAACUUAAUAUCUGAACUUAAUAAGUCGGCCAUUGAUUUAUUUCCCAAGCACAGCAAUUUCUCUAUUGUUUUUCAAGGAAAUCCUAUAUCUUGUUCGUGCAAGAACCUUUUCUUUUUAAAUUGGAUAAAUAGGGACGGGCGGUCCAGAUUUAGCCAUCCUGCAAAUGUAACGUGUAUUUACAGAAAUGGAUCAACUUUAUCACUUCAAAACCUGCCAGACAUUUUGAAUAUUUUACAGAGGGAUUGUUCCUCCUACAGCGUUAUCAUUAUAUUGGCAUCUUCAUUCAUUUGCUUCGUUACGAGUUUUAUAAUAUACCGAAUCAUGUAUCGGUACAGAUGGAAAAUUCUUUACAUUUACUACCUUGUCAAGCGUAUUAUAUUGCCUAAAGGUAAGAAAGUCGAGCAGACAAUUUUCUACGAAUCCGACGUGUUUAUAUCAUAUGCUGAACCCCAGAGAAAAUUCUCAGUGAACAUGGCCAGAAAGCUAGAAAACAAGGGAUUAAAAGUCCGCAUUCACGACCGUGAUUUCCUUCCGGGGAUAGACAUAGCUGAAAAUAUUACAAACGCAAUUCACAACAGCAAACGAACUGUGAUUGUCAUGACGUCACAUUUUCUGAAAUCUCAUUGGUGCAUGUUUGAGUUAAACAUGGCGCGCAUGGAAAGCAUAUAUUCCCGCGGAGGAGAAAACUUUCUUCUAUUAAUUCUGUUAGAGAAAAGUGCUGUCAAAGAUAUGCCCCGGUCCCUUUUGGACAUUAUCGAGAGUAAAUCAUACUUAGAGUACCCGGAUGAUGAUAGCUUCCAGAGUCCAGAUGCAUUCUGGGCAAAUUUGGAAGAGGCUAUAAAUGACAACGAGUGAUCAUUCAGUGAAGGUCAGAUGACACGUUCCUCAAGCAUCUUUUUUUGUAUCUCCUCGUAAUAAAGAGUUCCAAUAAAAAUAAUCCGGGAUUUCAUACCUUUCUAUGCUCUUCUUCGAUUGGACAAAAAUUUGUAAUUUGUUAAUGUAAAAAGUCGCAGUAAAAAUGGAAAACGUUAUAUAAAAUUGAGAAACGUGUCGUCUGACCUGAAAUUAACUGGAUUUCAAAUACUAGUACAACGUAUAUGCUUUAUUUUUUUCGUGCAUGUAUCAACGUGCAAAAUUUACCGUUCAAUUAUAACUUUAUUUUGGACUUUACUUUAAGAAUUCAACAUCUGUUUCGUAAUAUUUUCUCACAGUUUAUUUCUUACAAAGUUUCUUAUUUAUUUAGUGAUUGACACUUUUCGGAUUCUAUAUGUGAUUUCAAAAAGACAGAGUGCCAUGUCUCAUGGACUGUUAAUCUCUUAAAACAACAUUGUAUCAUUAUCAGUUUUUCAUUUCUUGGACAUCAAACUUUAAGACUCACUGAGUUUAUUUAAUUAUUUUAUAUCUGUGAACCUUUUACUCAACUUACUUAUGUCAUCACCUGUCAAUUUAUACUCAUUGUUCAGAUUCUUACAAUUGUCAAUCGGCAGUCUGGAAUACGGCGGCUAGCCACUACUGGCCACAUCCGACUCGUUUGUAACAUGUCUGUCUGUUAAAUUGUUAUAAUGUUGCCAUCGUUGAUUCGCGUCCAAUAAAUUUAGAAUGAUCCUGCAUCAAUUGCCUGUUUAUUUCUCUGGAACUGUAUACUGGUGGACCUUCGGGAAUACGGCAAACCUACCCUUCGUUUUUAUCUUACGGCCAACAGCGCGCCUCAACUUUAUACCUCAUAACCUUGACGCCAACAUUCCCUCACCCGGUUCGUACUGCACACGACCGAUGCAGUUUCAUCAGAAUUUUCUAGCACUGUAAAAUCUACGCGGUCACACAUGACACAACAUCUGUAUUUUAAGUGAUAAAAUCGUGGAUGCGUUUGAUUUUUUU